UUGGCGAUACAGUAUAAUAAUAGGCUGUCCCUGAACACUAGCUAUCAUGUGGGCAACGGUGCUAAGAGCGUGAUGGCAGAUACGGGUCGGUCGAGGGGUCGGGCGCGGGGAAGGGCUGCCGUCGGUGUGGGUCACGAACCGCCGCCACUGCCGACCACCAGACCAUUGGACGUGAGUUCACUGCAACAGACACUGCCGUCACCGGUGGGAAGCGCUGGCGGUGAUAACGGUGGCAAUGGUGGUAGCAAUGGGGCGGCUGUGCGGAGUAGAGCGGGGUAUCGGUCAGUGGCGGUGACCCGACCCCCUCAGGUGCGCUCAACGGUGGGCGCCGGUGGCAAAGCCGUGACAGUUGUGACCAAUUAUUUUCGCCUCAAAACGCCGUCCAAUGCCGUCGUCUAUGACUAUCGCUUGGACUUCGAGCCUGAGGUCGAGGCCCGAGUGGUGCGCAAAGGCCUGCUCUUCAACGACGCCGUCCGCCAGGCGUUCAACGAUCGGCUCGUCUUCGACGGGAUGUCUAACUUGAAGUCAACG